AGAAAAGAAAAGAUGGAGGACGCUAACGAGAGAAUACAGACUCACGAAGAAAUUUAACAGCUCUCUUAUGUUUGGACAGAAGGCGCACACGUUUUUCACGGUGUUGCUCGCACAGCAAAAGGAGGAAAUAAAGUCUGGCGAAAUACAUCAGUCGAUUCGUGGCCAUUUUCUGUUCCACUCAAAUAGUUUGAGAGCCGUUACAGUGAAAAACGUGUCCUGUUAGGGCCAAAUAAAAGACUUGUCCAUCGUGGCCAAGUGAAAAAUACGUGUUGGCCAAGUGAGGAACGUGGCCCAGUGUAAAACGUCGCAGCCAAGUGAAGACCGUUGUGGCCAAGAAGACGCGACCGUUGUGGCGAAGCGGUCCCGCUGGCCAUAGUGGAGAAACUGGUCCCUUUGGUGAAGAAGACGGUGGCUCAUGCGCCGUUGAUGAAGUAUACAUCCCGCGACUUCCCGACGGAGGAGGCCUGUCGCUACCGGUGAGAGAGGGAUUGCAGCCGACGAAGGAGGGCGAUCGAGCGGCGAGGGAUUAACGCGACUUCGGCGUGACGGUGCUACGUGAGAUCGAAGCCUGCAUCGACAUCUUCAUUUUCAUGGAUCGACAGCAGCUGGAUUUCCAACUUUCAGCAUCUUUACCAAUGGAAAUAUAGCGGAUUACAAUUCAUCUCAUCAACACAAGUCUUCAAUAAGCACAAGCUUCUCAUGGAAACCAGGUCAGACUGUAUCUACCACAAUUAAUAUUUAAAAAAUAAAAUAAAAUUUAAAAAAAAGGGUUACAUGGACAAAAGUUAAAGACUGUUUUUUGGAUAUGUUUUAAGUUCUCUUCGUGUUGUGAUACUAGUUUGGCAAAAUAUUGGUUUUACAUUGUGAAAUAUUUGAAGUGCAUUGUGCAGAUAUUUUGAAAUGGAAAGUACUUCAGAAGCACGUGUUUUAGAGUACGUAAUCAAAGCUCUAGAAGAUGAAAAGUCUGCGUUAGAGAUUAAAUUAUUGGAUGAUCUUGAAGACGCAGAAAAGGAAGAGAUUGAAAUACGUUUAAGUGAAAUCCAUGCAGACCUUGAAAUACAAAAUUUUGGUCAACAUCCAAUGCUACCUGCAUUUGAAGUUGAAACAGGAGUUAGGCGUUCAGAGAGAGAAAAACAUCUAACUGACAAAAUGUUAGAAUGGAAAAAAGAUGACAUAACAAGUAAAGAAAGGCAUUUUAUGUCAACCUAUUUGCAAUUUAAAGCCGAGGUUCAAUUAACAAGAUCCAAACUGAAGGUGGCAUGCUCUAAGUUUGAGUUAAGUGAUAUGAUUCAAAGGGUUGCAAAAUGUGAGUCAGAUGUAGGACAAAAGUAUUUUCCUUUACGAACACUGAUCACACCAUCUCAAGACAUAAGGAGAAAAAUGGACAGUUGUAGCUCAGUCUCCACAGAAAUAAUAAUGCUUCUAAAAAGGCGUUAUGCAGAUGUUGACAAAGAAUUUGAUGCACAAGCUACAAAAGAGUCACUAGCCCAGCUAUUGCAAAGAGAAGAUGCAAAGUCAAUAUUCGGCUCAACAGUGUCAAGACUUGAAAGUCGGUACAAAAGUUCUAGUGAGCAUGAAAGUCAAUUGUCUGCCAAAAAAGCCGAAGCAGCAGUACGUUUAGCUUCAAAACGAGCAGAAAUAAUAAGAGAAAGGGAAAUCUCCGUGCAAAGGCAGGAGAUACUAGCUCAGCAGGAAAGGUUGAAAAUGUUGGAAAACCGAAGAGAUCUUGAGGCAAUAGAGGCAGAAUACAAUGCAUAUGUUGAAGAGGAAUCAAAGAUGAAUGCUGAAAUAAAUGCUAGUGAAAUAAAAGUCACUUCUAGUCAGCCUUCAAUACAACAGAACAUUGUCCCGCGCCCACAAGUUCUUCAUGAUCCAGCGCUAGCAACCUUACCUGAUGUAAAAAUUACACCGAUUUCCCAAAAUGUGUCGGUCCCACAAAUUCAUGAUAGCAAUACGGUGCUAAGGAACAGUGAAGUAGCGCUAGUUCAAGCGUUAAAAGAAUCGCUUACUAUGACUAGACUACCAGCCCCAGAGCCAUUCAUAUUCAGUGGAGAUCCGUUGAAGUUCAUCGAAUGGAACACCUGCUUUAAAGCUCUCAUAGAAACUAGCUGUAUUAAUCCAGCACACAGACUGUUCUAUUUGAAAAAAUACCUAAGUGGAGAAGCACUUACUGUGCUAGAGGGGACAUUUUACCGAAGCGAUGAAGAAGCCUACCAUCAAGCUUGGGAUGCCUUGAAUAAACGUUAUGGCCAUCCUUUUGUUGUCCAGAGAGCCUUCAGAGGAAAAUUGAGCAGUUGGCCAAAAAAUUGGGUCAAAAGAGUCUCUCAAAUUGCGAGAGUUUAG